AUGGAAUUCAGUUUCCUCUUCGCUGACUACCAUCGUCUAUCCUCAAUUGGUGGUGAACAGGCACUUGCAAAGAUCGUAGCAACAUUAUUCGAAUCUGCUGAAACCCACUUUGGGGUGCUGCCCGUACGACUUUUCUGUUCGCUGCGAUCUGCCUAUCCUGGGCAACAUGGAUCUCUACGCAGACAUUGUGGUGUUCCAAUUGUGUUGUUAGUCGGAGUUGCUAUCUGUAUGCUGCUUUCUUCUGAAAUUUUCAUGACUAUAUGGUUGUUUAGUGAGAGGGAUACGAAUUCUGGAGCACUAUUCGUCAUCUCAGUCGCGUUCAUGACGAUUUUUCUCAUGCUGACCAUCUAUCCUGUUAUCAUCCUGUUACGAUACGGGUAUACUAACGUUCCAAGAAAACGCGUGAACGAAGCGGCAAGAUCUGUUCAUAAGCUGCGAUUUGAGGGGCUAAUGCAGAAGCUGCAGUCCGAGGUUGAUAUUUUGGCUGAUAUGAUUAGAUCUUUGGAUGCUUUCACAAGAAGUCAAACUCGUCUUGUAGUUGUUGUCGAUGGUCUCGAUAACUGU